UACGCCAUCAUGUCUCCUCUGAGCUUCCGGUGGACUCGCAAGCGUGGUCCCCACAUCAUCCUGGUCAUUUGGCUGGUGGCUGCGCUGUUGUCUAGCGUCCAGUUUGUUCAUGGACGAGCCACGCCCUUUACCUGGGCCGACGGCACCUACUACGACUGCCAUGAGAAUUGGGACGAGAGGGCGGGAAAGGUGUACACGGCUGUGAUCUUCACCGUGACCUUUCUGACUCCCAUGCUUGUGCUGACAUUCACCUACUCGUCCAUCGGGUGGAAGAUGUGGCGCCACACGUCGCCUGGUAACGCCGACAUCCAGCGCGACCAGCAGCAACUGACGGCCAAGAUGAAGGUUGUCAAGAUGCUGGCGACGGUAGUGCUGAUGUUCGCUGUGUGCUGGCUGCCAAUUCACCUGAUGAACCUGAUAUUGUACUUUGACCGCGCCGCGAUGCAACCGGACACUGCCGAGCAGGAGUACCUGUACAUCGCGGCCUUCUUCUCCUGCCACUGGUUCUCGAUGGCCAACAGCUUCGUCAAUCCCAUCAUCUACUGCUUCAUGAGCGACAACUUCAGGGCGGACGUGAUGCAGUUGAUAUUGAAGCGUAGUUUAACUGGUAUCGACUGGGCACGCACCACAAAGCGCUGGUCGCAACAGCCGCAGCAGCAACAGGAGAAGCAGCAUAAGGAACUCCACGCCGCUUGCAGCUUGAACGGCGCGCUGCCCGGGAUUGCAACAUCAAGGCGAUGAGUGCGAAUAUUGAGGUUGACCUUCGACAGCUGAUGAUGACCUGCUGUUCCCCUUUGGCAGAGCACGCCAGCCGCACGUUGACCAAGCGGAGCUGCUCGUUCGGUGGCUCCCUCCGAAGCAGCACGGUGGUAAUGUCUACCGCCG